AUGCUAUUCUAUAUCUAUCUAUCUAUCUAUCUAUCUAUCUAUCUAUCUAUCUAUCUAUCUAUCUAUCUAUUGCCAAUCUGUUCAUAUGUAUGUAUGUAUGUAUGUAUGUAUGUAUGUAUGUAUCUAUGUAUGCAUCUAUCUAUCUAUCUAUCUAUCUAUCUAUCUAUCUAUCUAUCUAUCUAUCUAUCUAUCUCAGUUUCUUCAUUAUCUAUCUAUCUAUCUAUCUAUCUAUCUAUCUAUCUAUCUAUCUAUCUAUCUAUCUGCCUGUCUGGCACAGUCUGCUUCUAUCUAUCUAUCUCAUAUUCUUCAUAUCUAUCUAUGUCAUUCUUCACAUCUAUUUAUCUAUCUAGCUAUCUCGUAUUUUUCAUGUCUAUCUAUCUAUCUAUCUAUCUAUCUAUCUAUCUAUCUAUCUAUCUAUCUCAGUCUGUUUUAGCUAUCUAUCUAUCGAUCUAUCUAUCUAUCUAUCUAUUUAUCUAUCUAUCUAUCUCAGUCUGUUUUAUCUAUCUCAGUCUGUUUUAUCUAUCUAUCUAUCGAUCUAUCUAUCUAUUUAUCUAUCUAUCUAUCUCAGUCUGUUUUAUCUAUCUAUCUAUCUAUCUAUCUAUCUAUCUAUCUAUCUAUCUAUCUAUCUAUCUAUCAAUCACAGUCUGUUCCGAUCUAUUUAUCGAUGUCAUAAUCUGCGUUAAAGAGAGCCAAUUCGUAUUUACGUAUAGUUGCAUAAACGCCAUUCAUAAAUCUACUACCGUUGUGAAAUUCAGUCUCAGCUAA